UAUAAACAUAUAGAUACACACGCUACACUGCACACCCAAAAUCACAAUCAUUUUAGAUUUCUUCGCCACCACCCAAUGAUAUGAAUUGCAACCCUACAUACAAAAUUCAAAGUCUCGAGUUUCAAAUCUCUGGACUCUCUCCGUUCCCUUCCCUUUGAUAAUUCCGAAAUAUAUAUCUCACAAUCAACCACCACUCUCUGUUUUAUAGGCAGUCGCCCAUCGCUUUUGCUCCGCAAUCAGAUUUAUCAUUACUGUUCGAAAAUCUUCGGACUCUCUCUCUCUCUUUCUGUUUUUGUCUGAAUCAUCAAUGCGUAGGAGGGUUGUUGAUAGAACGUUUGAUUCCGAUAUGGGUUCGACUGGUUCGGAUGGGUCUGGAAAAGAGCGUCUGAAAUGGACGCUUGAACUUCACGAUUUGUUUGAGAUGGCAGUGAAUCAGCUUGGUGGUCCUGAUCGGGCAACACCAAAAGGUAUUCUCAAGGCAAUGGGGAUUCCUGCACUAACCAUCUACCAUGUCAAAAGCCACUUGCAGAAAUACAGGAUAUCAAAGUUUAUUUCAGAAUCAUGCAGUAGAGGCAAGUUUGAGAGGAGAAACAUUUCUGAAAUGAUGCCAAACUUCAGCACAACAUCAGGUGCUCAGCUUAACGAAGCAUUGCAAAUGCAGAAGGAAGUAGAAAGUCAAUUGAGUGAUCAACUCGAGAUUCAAAGGAGCUUGAAACUAAAAAUCGAAGCCCAAGCAAGAUUUCUACAGGGAAUUGCGGAAGAUUUCAAAAAUCGAGCUAUCAUUUCAAAACAUGGCAAGGCCUUUUCACCUAUAUCACCACCUUCCCUUUGUGAAGAAUCCGACUCAUUUGGCAAGGAAUUUGAAUCCGGCUCAGAGAUAGACAAAGCUGAAAUCACCUCCGAAGAAGAAUAUCGAGCUCCAAAGAGGCUUAGGAUAGAGGAAAACGUUUUGAUGUCAAGAUAUAUGGUACCAUCACUGAAUUCUGAAUCUUUUAAUCAAAGCAUGCUUCUUCAGCAUGGAGCCAGAGCACGAUAUUCAGCUUAUGAAACCCACUUUCCAUGGAGUGUUGCAACCUACAAAUCGCCUUUAAUGCCAUCUUUAUAUUACCCUUAUAAUUAUUAGCCUAUAUGUUUUUCGCUAAGAUAAAAUUGCUACAGAGAAUGGUGCUGUUCAUUGUGCAGAUC